AUGCUCAGUUUUCAUAAUGUCUGCUCAGUAUCCAGCUCCUUCCGGCUCACUGGCAUCCCAGGACUGGAGUCCUUGCACACCUGGCUCUCCAUCCCCUUUGGCUCCAUGUACCUGGUGGCUAUGGUGGGGAAUGUCACCAUCCUGGCUGUGGUCAGAGUAGAGCGCAGCCUGCACCAGCCCAUGUAUCUUUUCCUAUGCAUGUUGGCCAUCAUUGACCUGGUUCUGUCUACUUCCACUAUGCCCAAACUUCUGGGAAUCUUCUGGUUUGGUGCUAGUGACAUCAGCUUGGAUGCCUGCUUGGGCCAAAUGUUCCUUAUCCACUGUUUUGCCACUGUUGAAUCAGGUAUCUUCCUUGCCAUGGCUUUUGAUCGCUAUGUAGCCAUCUGUGACCCAUUACAUCACAGCACAGUGCUCACUCAUAUGGUGGUAGGUCGUUUGGGGUUAGCUGCCCUCCUCCGGGGGGUUCUCUACAUUGGACCCCUGCCUUUGAUGAUCCGCCUGCGGCUGCCCCUUUACAAAACUCAUGUCAUCUCCCACUCCUACUGUGAGCACAUGGCUGUGGUUGCCUUGACGUGUGGUGACAGCAGGGUCAAUAACAUAUAUGGGCUGAGCAUUGGCUUUCUGGUGCUGAUUUUGGACUCAGUGGCUAUCGCUGCCUCCUAUGUGAUGAUUUUCAGGGCUGUGAUGGGGCUGGCCACCCCUGAGGCCAAGCUUAAAACUCUGGGGACGUGUGGUUCUCACAUCUGCGCCAUUCUAAUCUUCUAUGUUCCCAUUGUCGUUUCUUCCCUUAUUCACCGAUUUGGUCACCAUGUUCCUCCUCCAAUUCACACCCUGCUUGCCAACUUCUAUCUCCUUGUUCCUCCAGUCCUCAAUCCUAUUGUCUAUGCUGUCCGUACCAAGCAGAUUCGAGACAGAUUUCUCCAAAUCCUGAGGAUAAAAACUAAAAUUAAAUGA